AGCGUAGGUCCUCUUCGUAUUUUAGAGUUAUCACAUCGUCGUCGGUGCCGUAGUUAAUAUUAUCAUGUCCUCACCCAGGGUCAUCGUGCAAAUACUCAUUACGGGUGCACAAAUAUUCGGAAAGGCAUUUUACGAGGCAGGAAAACAAGCCGUGAAAAAUGCUAAACAUUCGCCGCAGGGCGGUAUAGCUUCUGACAUUACCGGCGUCCGCAAUGCAACGUCCACGUCUGUAACGGACAAGUUGACCCGAGAACAUCGUAUGACACUGGACGAAGCCCAUCUCAUAUUAAAUGUCAAGCGGGGAGAGGCUAUGGAGCAAAUACUCAAGAACUAUGAGCAUCUCUUCAAAGCGAAUUCCCCACGGCCUGCUCCAGAACCAGCAGCAGGCAGCCCACGGACGGGCAAACAACCUACGGCACCUGUAUACCCCCAUUAUCUGCAGUCGAAAGUAGUCCGCGCGCGAGAACGAAUAGAAGCAGAAGUAAAACUCACGCAGGAGGGAGCCGCUAGGUCAGCUGGUGAAAAUAAUCAAGCGUCUGGCACCGCGAACAGCAAGCCAAGUUCACCAGAUACAGGAUCAAGUUCACAAGCAUAGCGUCCUCUGACGUAUUCUUUCUCGUUGACCUCAGAUAGAGAUGCGGUUUAUAAAUAUCCCCAUUCCCUCAUUUAUUCAUUCCAUGCAUAUUACGACAGACAGUAGUCACUAAUGAACAUACAGUGCACAGGCCUCUAUGGCGCAGGCAAUGACUGUGCCCCCUGUCACUAAGCACAACUUGACCGCCCUGGAGGUAGACCAGACUUCUUCCAGGACUCUUUACCGUG